AUGCAGCAGACACAUCCCAGUCCACGAUUCCUCUUUUGGCCACAGUACGGUGAAGAGGCGCAAUGGUGGGAGGAGGAGGAGGAGGAGGAGGCAGAGGAGGCGGAGGGAGAGGAAACGGAGGCCAAGGAGGAAGGA